AAUUAUCCAUGUACAUUAUCCAUAUUAUCGCAGUAGUCCAUUCAUUUCUACCACACAUAACAAAAAGCCUUAAACUCUGCACAUACCCUUCUAUAUUUCAUCAAUUAGCCAAACAUUUUCUCACUUGUGAACUAAAAAACGUAAUGAACUUACUCAAACCACCCUCCAAGUACUUUUAUAACACUAAUAAUUAUCAUCAUUUACAUUCUUUUCACUCUAACUCAAAGCUUACAUUAGGAAUUAUAAACAAAUCAAUAAGAUUUUAUAAAUCACCAAAAGAAACCAAAACCUUUAAAAAACUUCCUGCUAUACGAGCUUGUUCUACCAAUGAAGAAGCUGCGAAAGAUGAAGACAGAAUAAUGGAAAAGAAAACUUUUCUCUCUAUUGAAGAAGCUGGAUUGGUUGAAAUCUCUGGUCUAAGUAUUCAUGAACGAUUUCUUUGCAGAUUAACAAUAUCAUCUUUAAAUCUUUUGAGAGUGAUAGCUGAGCAAGAAGCAUGCACAAUUGAAGAACUUAAUGCUGGAAGGAUUUGUGAUUGGUUCUUGAAAGAUAAGCUUAAAAGAGAGCAGAAUAUUGGGUCUGCUGUACUCCAAUGGGAUGAUGAUGACCCUUUUCAAGGCCAAUUUUGAUUAUUAUAGUCCAUCAUUUUAUUUAGGGCCUGUUCGGCAAAAGUAGUUGUUGGGUAGCUGUUGGCUGUUGGAGUAGCUGUUAGCUGUUCGGGUAGCUGUUAGCUGUCGGGUAGUAGCUGUUAGCUCUUAGCUGUGAAAGUAGCUGUUUACAAUAUAAGUGUUCGGUAAAAGUAGCUGUUAUGCUUAUAUAUGAUAAAAAUAAUAAUUAUUGAUUAUUUUAUGGUUAAAUUAAAUUUCAAUAUAUGAACACAACGCAUUAUUUUUCUUUUACUAUGAUGUCCUUAAAUAGUUUUGUCUUUUUAACUAGAUCCCACUCCAUUUAAUACUUGUACUUCUAUUUCAUCUCUCAUAUUACUUCCAAUAAAAAUCAACUAGCUAUACUUUUUUUUUUUUGAUAAUUUAUGUUUCUUUCCAUUAAGAAGGCAGGAGAGGGAGAGUAAUCUACCCCUAGUGUGGUAGCACCUACAUUUAUAUCAUAUAUGGUCCAAUAGAUAAUCUACUCAUACAUUUUCCUCAAGAGUAUUGUCAAAAAAAAAAAAAACAAUAAGCUACUGACAUGCCCUGCCAUAAGAGUGAAAUAACUCCAGUCUUGCGAUGAGUUACGUUAUAGCCAGGCAACAAAUCAACUAGCUAUACUUGUUAGAACUCUCUGGAGAUUUCAUGCGUGAAGAUGGAACUUUCUGAAUUCUCUCUCUUCUAAUUUCAGAUCUGGGUUCUCAAUUUUUUUUUUCUCUUUCCUUCAUUUAACUCUCAAACAUUAUAGAUCAUCUUCUUCGUUUUCAUUGUUCUUUGCUUCUUUUUUUUUUUUCCAUUCUUUUUCCCCCAAACAUGUCCUUUUGUGGUUGAUCUUUCUAGGAUUUACAUUUUUCCACUAAUAUGAUUAUAAAGUGGUCAAAUUUCGAGGAUGAUAGGUAUUUUUCGGAUGUAUCUUUCAUUUUAUACGAGUUUUUUAUUUUAUUUUGAAAGAUCUUUUCAUACCA